GGCUGUCUGGCACUGCAUUGAAUGCACCUCCUCACUCACUCUCACACACACACACACACAAGAGAGGCUCUGCCUCUGCCUCCUCCUCCAUCAAGGAAGGAGUACAUCACAGGAUACAGAUCCAGACUCCAGAGCCCCAUAGAGAGAGAAAAUUCAGCUACUCCUAGAUGAGACCCUGAGUGAGAGAAGAAGCAAAGAAACAACAACAAGAAGAAAGAGAGAUCUCCCUCUUCCAUCAACAAUGCCACCACCAUCAAUCACCACCACCACCACCAAGCUGUUCUUGCUCCUCCUCCUCCUCCAUGGAGGCCACUGCCUGAAGAGCUUGGACAUGGCCAUGGAGAUGGAGAUGGAUUCAGAGGCUCACAGCAGGAUGCUGUGGGAGUCCAGCAGCAGCAACGGCAGGAGGUACAUCAGCUACGACGCCCUGAGGAGCGACGUGGUGCCGUGCUCGAGGCAGGGUGUCCCUUACUAUAACUGCAGGAUCAUGACCACCGCCAACCCUUACACCCGGGGAUGCGAGACCAUCACCAGGUGCAGGGAUGUGGAUCCGUGAUUACUACUGCACUGCCUGCUUGUUUUGCUGGAUGAUCUUGCCAUGAGAGGAAUUGCAGGAGUGGCUACCUGAGAUGCAAAUCUUGGUUUUUAUUUUUUUUUUGUUUUUCUUUUACCCUCUCUUCUGUUCUUUCUUCUUCUUUAUGUUCUGCAUUUGCUGAAUCAUUGUAGGUGAUUCAUGGAUGAUUUACAUGUUCAAAGAUCUUAUGAGUAUGUAUAUGUAAGAUCUGGUUGCAAGCUAUAAUAUUAUAAGGAAGCUUGGAUCAGGGGAGGUGUGCUGCUUUGUGCUUGAAAUUGUCGGCAUUGAUAAGAUUUGAUGCCAUCAAUUGACAUGGAAAUUGCUCCUUUUCUUCGUU